AUGGUUGACCAAUCGUUGCUCACACUCGAAAAUCAAGGGCCGAAUUCAGUGUUAUCUGAAGGAAUUCACGAUUGGGUGUUUGAGUGCCAUGGAUUUUUGCACAAUGCGGUAUUGAUCGUCGCUUCAUUUCUCUUCGUCUUGUACUUAGCACUGCAAGCUAGGCAAAGCUUCCUCAAACUCUCACAUGGCCGUUCUUACAUCAUUAUAUCCUAUUACGCUUCUCUCUGGCUUGUCAGCAUCCUCAAUCUCGUUUGGUGCUUUUCCCAGACAUGGGAGUGCUCUCCUGGGAAAGAGUUUGCGUGGAACAUGUUGUCCCUCUUUACUACUUCCGGAAUGUUAUUUCUAGAAGUGAGUUUGCUUGCGUUUUUGCUUCAAGGAAAUAGUACCAGUGGCUUAGAAGCGUUGACUCGAACAUUUGGUAUAUCGGGGAUUAUAGUUGGUUUUGAUAUCUUGUUGAAGGCUAUAUAUCUGUUUGCGUUUGGGAUUCCAAUUUUCGUCAACAGUGGUUACCCUACUCCUCACGUGAAGUGGAACUUGUGGGUCAUCCACAAGCUGUUGCUUACCCUGGUUUAUGGUUUCAUAUUGUUCAUAUAUCAUUCUAGGUGGAGAGAAAGGUUACCUGCGAGGCCUGCAUACUACAAGUAUGUUACUGUUAUGUUUAUCUGGAAUGCAAUUGCACUAUUUGCUUGCGGCAUUACCGGAAGCGGUGCUUCCUUUGGUUUCUGGUUAUAUCAUUUCACGAUUGUAUGUUACCAUGCCGUUUAUCUUCCCCUUCUGUAUAUAACUUUCCUGGCUGACUUUUUUCAGGAGGACGAUUUGCAUUUGGAAAACGUGUACUACUCUGAAAUGAAAGAUGCUGGCUUCUUCGAAGCAGAUUGGAACUGA